AUGGAUAAUACAUGUAACGUGAAAGAAAAUCAUGAAUCGACUUUCGAAACCGAUAGAGAUGAACCUCAGUCAAAUAUGACUGAUAAAAUAGAUCAUAAUGAAACCGAUACUACUGAUACUAAAGUAACAUCUGAUGUCGACAAUAGUGAGGAAAGCCGCGAGCCUCUGACGAAGCAAGAAACUAUUAAUACCGAUGAGACCGUCAGUCAGAGCAAAACUGCAACUGAAGAAAACCAAAGUGUAUCGCCUCUAGAAAUAAAUACAAUUGAUAAUGCUUCGGAUCAAAGUUCCAGCGAAAACAGUAAAAAAGUAUCGUUGGUAAAUGAAGAGUCAAUGGAGCAGCGUGAAAAUAGUGAUAGUGUGGAAAAUAAAGUCAUUAAUACAUCCGAAAGUAACGAGAACUGUAAGAUAUCAAUUGUCAAAAUAACUGAGACUAAAGAUGAGCAAUCAAGCAAUUCUAACAAAUCUGAUAAAUACGAAAAACCUAUUGACGACACAUUGAAAGACUCUAACGCAGAAGUAACCAGGAGCGCUGAUUCAGGUGAAAAGGAAGACACAUCAAUUAAUUUUGCUUUGGAUAAUGAAAGACCUAAUAAUGAUGUCAACCACACUGAAACUGAUAGGGACGAUAGAAAGGACGUUUCAGAAUCAAAGGAAACAGAGCAUUUAGAGGGAAAAUGCAUACAUGAGGAAAACAUUGAACGCGAUGAAGUCAAUGAAGAAGUAAUUCUUGUCAACUCAGAAAACGUAAAUCAAUCUGUUAGUGACCCAUUAGAUUGCAAUGCAGUUUUAGAAUAUACAACGGAUAUCAGCAGAUGUUCUCCAUGUAUGUCAAAUAGAUUGGCCGUCUCUGAAGAUAUAGUAGCAGACGAGUCUACUAAAGAAACCCCAGAAGUACCUGAUCCAGAAGUGCAAUAUCGUAACGUAAUCCGUGUAGAUGACAAUUGUAUUUUACUGCAGAUUGCAGGCGAGUUAGUUGAAAUAAACGUGAACACUGUUAACGGAAAGAAAGUGAUCACUGUCGUACCACUUUCUUCAUCCACAGUUGUAGAUUUUAACGAUAAUUAUGACACUGUAGAUAAUUUAAGUGCUUGUGAUCCGUUGAAGAUCGACGAAGUGACUUCGGAAAGCCAAGACGUCGAAGAAAAGAUUGGUGACCCUGAUUUUGUAGAGCCAUCAAGUGAGAUCAUUAUUGGUAUGGACCUCAACUUGGAAGAUGAGAUUCAGCUGGAUCUUGAGCAACCGAAGCCAACUCUUUGCACCAAAGCGGCAAAAAAAGCUUAUGACUGUGAUCUUCAGAUACCUUCCAUCACAACUAGUGAAGAUGUGUACGAAAAAAGUAACGCUAGGUGUGAGACAAAUAACGAUAAGGUUAGUUCUAGUAAAGAGAAACAGGAGAAAUCUAAACGUAAACAUUCCAAAGGCAGUAAAGAUACUGUCAGUAAAAGUUCGCAAAAAAAGGCUAGUAGUGAAACGAGGUCUAGGAAAAAAUCUUCAUCCAAAUCGGACGAAGAAUUUGUGCCUUUCGCAGAUUUAGUCAAAGCACGGAAGCUCAAAAAACUGAAACUGAAGCAGUUAAAAGAUAAGUGCAAGGCUGAUUCUACUAAUAAGCUAGAUGAAGUAAAAGCAGUUCAAAAUGACAGAGUUCCUUUAGUUGCGACAGUUGAUGAGGAUCGGGUUCCACCAAUUUUACCUGUUGAAAAAGUUAAAGAAAGAUGCACAGUAAUUGAGAAGUGUUAUUCUGAAGUCAAAGAUGAUGUACCUGAACAAGCGCAUUUUGCAAAAUCGCCAAAAUCUCCAGAAGUUAAAGAAAAUCGUGUCCAAGUAAAUAGUCACGAAAAAAAUGAAUCUAGCUCAACCCUAACUAACACAAAAUUGAAAGAAAAGUCGCCGCCCAAAGUGGACUCAAAACGCAAGCUUAGCUUGGAAGAGUACAACAUCAGGAAAAGAAAACUAUUGGCCGAGAAGGAGUUAGCUGCUAAAAAAGCGAAUAUUGAAAAGGUUCUAGAACAGAAAAUAACCAUCAAGCCGCCUGAGAGAAAUACUUCAGUACCACUAAAAAGAUCGAUGAGUGUAGACGAUCCAAAACCAAUAAGCAGCCAAACAAAGAGAUCUAGUAGCUUAGAAGAAGUUUCAAAAGCUGUUGACAGUAAUUGCGAGGAAAAAGUGAAUCUUAGUCGAAACCAAAAGGAUCCUACGGAUCUUCUAAACAAUAAUAAUCAUUCAUCGGUUCAAGAUGAAAUCCUUCGGUCUUACAAAGAGCAAGUAGAAUCAAAAUUGAGCAGUUUAAACCUACAAAUUCCCAAAUUGACUAAACCAAAGCCAUCUCCUCCUAACAUCAUACAGAGGUUUUUAAAAAACGAUAAACUGACGGAAGCUGAAGUUGAGAAAAUAAAGGAGAUCAUCCUUUGUAAAAAGCUCAUGCAACUAAAGUCUCCUGAGACAAACCCCGGCAGUUCUAGCUACGAAGUAAGGAAAGAGGAGGAAACUGACAUCAAACUGCACUUCAAAAAACUCCCGCCAAAGAAAAAGAAGUUGAGGUUUCGGAAUCUAUACGCGGAUUCAAGCGAAUCAGAUGAAGAUUUUAAAAGUGCGCCGACGACGUCUUCAGUGACGCAGGUAGGGGGCGACUACGCAGUGGUACAGUCGAAUCGAGCUCUGGCAGGGGUGGUACCAAAGUUAAUCAUUAAGAGGAAAACUGAGCUACCUUUGCCGGUUGUUAGAUUGGAACGCUUGAACAUGGGGAUGUUUAAGAAGAGGAAAUAUGAGUGAGCUGUGAGAUAUUUAUAUAUUCAGGACAGGGACCAAAAUAAAGGUGUUAUCAGGUUGAAAUCGUUAUAGAAUGUAUGUAUGAUAGAAGCUUAAAAUAACAGAUAUUUCUACUUGAAAUUGACAAAAAAUCAUCCGUAUGUAGUAACUUACUUAUUUUUGUAUUAAAAGCUUCUCAUUGUUGGAUCACACGUCCCAUAGGAAAAACAUCUGAUAAUGCCUCCUGACCAAAAUUAAAAACCAAAGUACGUUGUUGAUUUGAUUUGAUUACAUUUUUCUAUGUUUUUGUUAUUUGAUUAUAUGUAUUAAAGUUUAUUGGAAAGUUUUUGUAAUCACAAAUGCCGCAUGCGUAAACGCCUUUUGACAUUUGUUACAGAGAAUCAUAGGCUUAAAUAUCAAAAUAACCUUAAACUUAACAGUUACGUAUGGCUUAUUUGUGAUUGCUAAGACUGUCUAUUAUAAUUACGAAUGUAUUUAUUUUCUCCCUAAAUUUAGGGCUUGUUUUCAUUUAAGUUGGAAAUUUUUGUAAGCUUUCGUUAAUUUCACAGCCAAAAAUAAACCGCCUGUCCAAAUUCACUUUGGCAGGCGUUUUGAGGUUAAAUAAAAGUACUUUAUAAAAUAAUAUUAGUCCAGGAAUUGUCUUCACAUCCUAUCGGAAAAAUAUUUUGUAAAUUGUACAAAUUUUUGACGCUAUUUUUUCGCUUGUAUGUCGAAAACUAGAGAGAAGCUCAUGAGAACAUUUCUUGUUCAAAAUUACCAAAGCAACCUUAACAAAGCUUUGUCCGCAACGAAAAAAAAAAUUUUUGGUAUUGACAGUAACAAGAUUAUGCAAAAAACUGAAUCAGAAUAUUAUCCGAGAGGAUGCGAAGAUAUUUCCUGGACUAUACAGUUGCUCAUAGACGCAAGAUAUGCAUGGAUAAACCAAAUAAGUAAGACGCGUAAGAGUCCAAUAAGCGGGUUGUAAUAACAAGCAGUUGCACGUAAUCACAUAUUACUUCCGAGAUAUAUUGAAUGUUUUAUUUGCGAUCGUCUGUAGAGUAAUUCAAAAGUUGUGAAUGGCCCCUAAGAGGGCAAAAAUUCACUGGGUGAUCAUAGGCGUAGCCAUGCUCAGCAGCAGAUAAAUACAGAUUGCUUUCAUCGUAAAGCAUUAAUCGAAAAGAGUGGACGCUAAACUUACUUUACCGCACUAGGAAAUCUAUCCAUAACCUACACUUAGGGUCGUAUCGUCAGUUCUGAUUUUCAUAGUUUCCUAGUGCUCGAAGUCAGCGCUCUAUUUUGAGGUUAUGUUACAAAUAUCUAUUUACAUCAAAUUGUUCAUGCUUUUUAUUUAUAUUAUCUAUUAUACAGCCUGAAAUUUCCUGCAAUUCAAAAGCAAAUAUAGUCUCACAAUAGGAGAGUGCUGACGCUGACACGGACCAGUAUAAAUCUAGAAAUAUCCCAGCCUUUAUGAAGGAGAGAAAGGCAUAUGAAAAUCAAGGCCUUAAAGGCGUCUUACAAUAUGUAGGAAUGACUGACGAUACGGCCCUUAGGGUCGCAUGUUCCAUUUUCUCAACUUCCAGGAGCAUAUUCUAAAUACUUUUCAUCUGAUUAUUUCAUGGCGUAUAUAGAAAUGACUAAAAAACAAUUAAUUUUUUUGUGCAUUUUAUUGUAGAGUUUUUCUUCAGUCGUAACUUGUUAACAAAUAUUAGUACAACUCUGUAAUUGCAUGUCAAAAUUCCACUUUUAUAGCAGAAUUAAGAGGGUGAUUACUUUUAUUCUGAUCAUUUUUUAUUUUCAAAAAAUCUUUAAAUUCUUCCAUAAAAACGGAUGGAAUAUUCACGUACAAUUUUAGAUGUUAUGAUUGAAGGAAAAAUGCACAAAAAUGCAGUUUUGACAAAAAGAAAAGGGACAUGCAUCGUUAACCAUGGUUGCAGAUAAAAUAUUAUUGAAAAUCGGUGUGCAUACUUCACUGACAAUUGAAACUAUAGUAAUGACUAUAAUUUUUAGUGUAUAGUCAGAUUAAUUUCCGGCGUCUUACUUAUUAUGUUUUCUUGUGUUUUCCACAAGUACAAAUAGGACACAGCGUGGUUACUUUUGCGUGCUAUUUGAUUUUCGCAAUUUAGAUCGAUCUUGUUAUCCUUAUCAAACUAUGCUAGUGGCCAUAAUUACGGAACACCUUAAUGGAAAAAGUAUAUUUUAAUAGUAGAUUUAUACAGUGAGAUACUAUUAGAUUGUUGAUUUUAAAGAGCUAGAAAAUGUAUCCCAUAUUGGAAAGUCGAAUUAAGUUUAUCUAAGAAAUUUUAUCAUUGCGUUCCUAUAUACACACACACACGUAUAUCUAUCCAAAUGUUCUAGGAUUAGUAAAGAUGAUCUCUAAAAGGUAAAAUAUUUCAUUGAUUCCGAAUAAAAUAUCUAGAGUACUGUUAAUAUUUUACAGAGAGUCUAGAAUGAUGUUACCAAAAGCUUGUUAAUUGAUGCAGAUUUUAAAUUUUUAUGUUUGCUAUGAAAUUGUAAAUCCUGUAAAAUCAAGCGUAUCUAUCAAAGAGGCCUAAAGGUUUCUGAAAUAUCUUUGUCUGUUGACGCAAGAAAUUGUUAUCUGUAGUUUGAAACUCUAUAUCCUACAUAACCUAUUUGUCGAACAAGUUCUAAUUUUAAAAGUAUUUUCUCGACAUAAAAUUUGUUAACAUCAAAUCUAAAAGUAUCAUAGUGUAUGCAGAAUGGUAACACUGGCUAGGUUCUUUAACAAAACGCAUACACUGUUGCCAUUUGGGCUGAUUGUCCCUAUGUUUCUUGAGUUGUAUAAUAUUACUAGUUGCAUAUAAUAUAAAAAUGUGUUAGUAGCUGAAACGUCAAGAUUUAUUAUUGAAUGAAUUGUUCUAGGUUGUUUUGCUACUAGACAUUUAACUCGUGCAUAUGGAAGCAUUUUCAAACUACAGACAUGUUUUCGUUUUGAUAUCAAAAAUCAAUCCACAGAACAGUGGUUUUGUGGAUCCGCAGUUGCCUCAUGUCGUAAGAAAUAUCACUGAAGUAGCCUUACAUGUUUGUGAUGUUUGUUGGAAUUGAACACCUUUUACUAGCGUUUUUGCAGCUCAUAUACAGUAUUAAGAAUAUUUUUGUAAAGUGCGGAGACUGCUCACCAAAAUCUUAGAUUGCAACAAAUUAUGUAAUUUCAGCUUCGGUAACAUUUAUACCGAUACGCUAAAAAUUGUGUAUUUGGAAAAGUAUGUAUGGGUUGAUAAAAAUAUAUAUUGGAUCACUUUGAAAGUUACACUGUCUUGGCAUACGAUUUAAAUUGAAUCUAGAUAUUGCUGUGCGAUUUUCGUAUAAUGAAACACAUUUUUGAUUACCUUGAACACCUGUGUGAAUUCACCGUUGUUAGCGUUUUUUCUAGAAGUGUAACGAAAAGAUUGUCGAGACCAGUGUGUAGUCUUCUGCAAUCUACCACCAACACAUAUUUUUAUAAAAUAUAUUCUAUAUAACUCAUCAUUCCAAUUUUGUAUUUAAAAAAUAGGUAUUUAGUAACUUACAUUUAUCUUCAUUAUGGAUUAUGCGAUAUCAUAGAAAAACUUGUACAUAUAAGUCAUACAGGGUGUAUUGUGUUCUUAGCUCUAGUCUCAUCUGUAUAGAAUCCAUGAGUAUAUUAUAGAUACGUUGACCUCACAACCUGACGCUUUUCCAUGAAAUGAUCCUUUAUAUUAGUUGACGAUAUUGUCAAAUACAUAUCAAAGAUGACGAGACCAAUUUACUAUUUACUAUGAUUCAAUAUAUUUUGACAUGUAUUCCAAGGUCCUUUAAAUUCAAACAAUUAUAGCGAGCCAUUUGACAUAACGGUCAAUUCCAUUUCAAGGGUAGUCAGUCAUACAUGACAAGUAAUUUUCAAUCCUUGUAUGCAGUUUAGAAGAAAUCCAAAUUUUCUUCAGUUAUUUUACAAAAAUUUUCAAAAUGGUUUUAGAUCGACCUAUUUAUUUUUGAUACAGGUCAAGCAAAAUUAUACAUGAACACGUAACGUAAAAGUGACAGUUGAAAAUGUCAUAAUGGCGGCUGGCCGCUAUUUUGGAACAUUUUUAAAAUGAAAGGCAGUCAUUAGUCUAAUCAUAUUACACGAAAAUACCAGUGGUUUGCGAAAUAAUUGUAAAGUCUAGUUUUAUUGAUGCAAGUUGUUCAAGGGGGUAUUUAAAUCAUGGACGCACCACCACUUUUUGUGGGAAAACUUUUUAUUCGACAAUAAAGAAUGAGAGUGUUUUUUGGGAUUCAAUCGAAAGUUUUUUUCAAGAAUGAAAAAACUCUUCAAAUAAGAUUUUCAGUAUGAGACCCAUAGAAUGAGAUCACAGGUAAAAAGGUCCGACUAAUAGUAAAAAAGUUAUAUGGAGUUGUCCAAAACGGACGCAGGAAAGUAAACGCAUAUUAAAACAAGAAAGAUUGAUAUUCAAAUCAAGUUGGGUACUUUAUUUUGAAGGUUCAUUUAUACCAUUUAUGUAUGAAAAAUAAUAUCGCUCAAAUGUUUACCACGACUGGAUUUACAGACGUCCACGCGAUGGUCGAAAUUUUCAAUGACAUUUUGCAACAUGGUCGGUUCUAUGGCAUUUAUCUCGGCAAUGAUGUUGUUUUUGAGUUCUUGGAGGGUAGUUGGUUUGUUGACGUAGACUUGGAUUUUCAAAUAUCCCCAUAAAAAGAAGUCCAAGGGAGUCAAAUCGUACGAUCUUGGUGGCCAUGGCACAUUUCCUCUGCGCGAAAUCACGCGAUCACCGAAGAAGGACUGCAAUUGAUGGAUAUUGACGUUGGUUGUGUGGCAUGUUGCACCGUCUUGUUGGAAAUAAACAUCGUCCAUAUCCAUUCCUUCAAGUUGCGGCAAAAAAUAGUCCUCUAUCAUCACGUGAUAUCGCUCAGAAUUGACGGUAAAGGCGUCCCCGGCCGCAUUUUCGAAAAAGUAAGGUCCGAUGAUGCCUUUUGACCACAAUGCACACCACACAGUCACUUUUUGAGGAUGCUCUUGAUACUCACGGGGAUUUUCGUUUGCCCAGAUGCGGCACUUUUGCUUGUUUACCGUCCCAUUCAAAGUGAAAUGCGCUUCGUCGCUGAACAUGAUUUUUGAUGAAAAAUUGGCAUCAAUUUGGCGGUGUUCAAGGAGCCAAUCUGAGAACGUUCGGCGCGAAAAAUGGUCGGCCCGACGCAGCUCUUGCGUCAAUUGGAUCUUGUAGGCGUGUACAUUCAAAUCCUUGUGGAGAAUGCGGAGCAAACUGGUUCUCGAAAUGCCCAAUUCUUGGGAUCGACGCGUUGUUGAUUGUUUCAGAUCGUCUCUCACACUCUCCUUCGCAACAGCAAUAUUUUCCGGUGUGCGAACGCUCCUUGACCGGCCAGAGCCUGGCAGAUUUGCCACAGAACCUGUUGCCUCGAAUUUACGCACCAGACGACCGAUGGUUGUUUCGUUUGGGCGGUUGUUGCGACCGAAAUGUUCACGAACCGCGCGAAACGCGUUUUUUAUUUUUGCACCAUUUUUGUAGUGCUCUUGAAUAACUUUAAUGCGGUCUUCAAUCGAAUACGACUCCAUAGCGAUCAAUGGUAAACAUUCAACUAACAAAAUGACAUGUCGGUGACAGAAAACAAAGAUGGCGUCUAUGUCAAAUUGACGUUUACUUUCCUGCGUCCCUAUUGGACAACCCUUUAGAAGAAACUUGUUGGUAAUGUGACGAUAGUUUCACGAAUAUAUUUGAAAUUCUUCAAAUUCGUAGCUUCAAUUAUGGUGUGACUAGUGAACGUAUCUAAUUCUAGC